AAUGCACCACAGUACGGUAUAUACUCGGACCCUUCAAACUCCCCGGUUUGUGGCAAAUGUAUACUAGUGAGUGGCCCAAAAGGAAGUGUCAAAGUUAAGGUCGUGGAUAAGUGUCCCGUUUGCAAAAGUGGUGACGUGGAUAUGUCUUCGACCGCUUUCAAACAAAUUGCGGAUAUGGACGAUGGCAGAGUAAGCAUCACAUGGAAAGGAUGCUGA